CACCAGCUGUCAUCAUUGUCUUCUCCUUCCUCACUUCUCUUCUCCAUUUCUCAUCUUCCCCCUUAUUUCAUCACUCUCCCAAUCCUUAAACCCUAACCCUAAUUCCCACUCUGUAAAUAAAUUCAUUUCUUCACGCCCAAGAAAUGAAUUCCUGCUCCCAUUAUUUGAUUCUAUUCACUCUCGUAGCUCUACCGAGUUUAGUACUCGGUACCGAGUUAUCAUUCUACGAUGUUCUUAAGAAGCACGAUUUGCCGAUGGGGUUAUUGCCGAAGGGAGUUAGGGAUUUUAAAAUUGACGACUCGGGUUUUUUCGAGGUGUACUUGGAUCAAGCUUGUAAUGCCAAGUUUGAGAGUGAAAUACACUACGAUAGGAAUGUUUCGGGUACUAUGAGCCGCGGGCAGAUCGGGGCUUUGUCGGGUAUUACGGCGCAGGAGUUGUUUUUGUGGUUUCCGGUUAAGGGUAUUCGGGUGGAUAUACCCAGUUCGGGUUUGAUUCAUUUUGAUGUUGGGGUUGUUUCUAAGCAGUUUUCGCUGUCGUUGUUCGAGACUCCGAGGGAUUGUAUGGCGGUUCGUGAUGGACAAAUUGAGGAUAUUAAGAAUGGGAAGCUUAUUGCUGAUGCUGUCUCUAAGAGUCAACUUGGGGAGUUAAGAUAUCAAUUGGACCAAGAGAAUUUUGGGAGGGGAAUUUUGUAGAGUUCUUAUUAUGAUCAAGAUGUGCAGUAGCUCAAUCAAAAUCAAUCAAGUAAUGGGUUCAUCAGUUCACUUUGUAAAUUUCAUGGAUGAUUCUGCUUCAGCAGGUCAAAAGGCUUCGAUUCAGUGUGUUUGCAUUGUCUUUCCUUUUCUUUAAGCAUAUAGUACAGAAUAUGGGACUUAGCAGAGCCAAGCUUACUUAUCUAUGCCGUAAAUGGAAAAAAUUAUCGAGGUGGCGGCAUGAUCAUGAACAUCAAGCGAGAAAGGAGCAUUUGGCUGAGGUGAUAUUCAGGUGAUAAAUUCAUAUGUUAAAUUUUCUGUAUUUUUAAACACGGGUGCAUUGUCAAAUCAGUUUUUGUAGUAUAAGUUUUCUUUUAGAUUGAUGAGAGACGUAUACAUUUACCACAAAAAUAUCAAUAAGAAUAAAUCACGUUCUGGAUUCA